UCAAAUUUAAAUGCUUACAAAUCCAUAUCCACGUUUAGAACUGCUUUAGAGGUUUUCUUUGGCACUGGAGAAUAAUACAAGCUCUAAAACACAAACAUCACACUGAAAACAUUCACAUGACCUUUGAAGUAAACGCAAGCUUGAUUGAUGUCUUCAAGUUUAUAUCCAAGUUCACGGGAGGUGAGAAAGAAAAGAUGAAGCUGUUUGCUGUUAAAUGUGUGCUGACGACAGGUAUGCCGCCAAUCAGCCGUGACUACAACACCCACUGCCGGUGCCUGCAGGUGGAGUCGAGGAUCAUCCCUCCAGACAACCUGAGGAGCAUCAAACUGUUCCCUGAGGGGCCUCACUGCCCGGACACAGAAGUCAUAGCUGGACUGGCAAACGGAGCAAAGGUUUGUCUGAACCCUCAUUCCACCUGGGUGAAGAAGCUGAUCUUCUUUCUGGAGAAACAGCAGUUGGGAAAGGCCUCCAAGAAACGGGCAUAAAUCCUGCAGUUGUCUCCAACUACCUGACCACUGAGCCAUGACUGAAGCCAAUAUUUAACCCACUUUGGCUUUUUGCUUUUCUUUUUUUUUUGCUACUUUAUUUUAUUUCUGUAUGUAAUGUAUGGAAUAACACUGAUUUUUAGAAAAAGAAAAGCUUCCUGUUUUCAGAGUGUUAAAGGGAAAAAAAACACCAGUCAAGUGAUUGUAUGAGCAGAUCUUGCAUGUAGCAUUAAAUAUGUAGCACUG